AUGAUUGUAACGGCUGUACCUUUCGGCUUGAGUCAGCCGCAGACGGAAGCCGCAGUCAUGCGCAAGGAACAUGUCCCCGAAGGAUGUGCCUGCUGGUGCAUGUUUUUCCUGCUACUCCUGCUCCCAUCCCCCGCCUGCUCCGUCCUGCUGGUGGGAACUCACCGAAGAAUGGCACUUCCGGACGCCCUAAUAUCGCACAGGCGUCUCGGUGUCCCUGCUGAAGGAAUUUGCACUGAAAAAUGUGUUCGAGAUAGAGGUUGCUUAACGUUCAGCGUCGUCCCCUCUGCGGAAACAGGCAAGCUUGACUGCGUUUUUAGCAAGAGUGCUGUGGAUGAGACGAAGCUGUUGUCCAGCGAUCAAGCUUUCACUCAUUACAUAAUGGAAGAAAGGAAGGCGUUAACCAAGAAGAAUGUCACAACCCUAAAACCAGAACCAACAACCCAUACAACAACUAAUGAUACCAUAACUACCGCUGCUGUUGCUGGAACUACCACUAUUGCUGCUGCCACGCCGACGCCUGCUGCUGAGGCUAACACGUCAUCUACAGUUGCUGAUUCAACAAAUUCUGAAACUACAACGUCCGUAGCCAGUACGUCUACAGCCUCAGUAUCUAAUCUUGUUCGGCAAGUUUUCCUCACCUCAGAAACAACCACAGAUGGCACUUUGACCAACCAGGAAGCCGUGUGUGGCCGAGCAGGCGGAACCGUCGGUCUGCUGAAGAGUCAAGCCAUGUUCGACCAGCUGAUCGCUGAUUUUGGAGACGAUAUUGAAACAUGGAAAGUCUGGUUGUCCCUGACCGAGAGAUUGGAUAAUUCCCUUAGGUGGCCGGACGACACAUCAUUCUCAAGCACAGACGUCACCCUGAGGGUGGAGAAGGAUACUGGAAUGUGCACUACAUUUCAACAUUCUACAGACUUCUUAAUAAAGGAAUCUCGAUGCUCUAGCUGGACUGGAAGAAGGGUUGUUUGCUGCUUGACCCCGGGCUGGAUUAGUGCUUAG